AUGAAGCGAAACAUAAAUGCUAACCGUAAAACGAGACUAAAAGCUACUUUUUGGAACGGUGUAUUAUUGGUCGUACUUCUGAUAGGUGGUUAUAUUACUAAGAAUGCCUAUAAUGCAUAUAUAUCUGGUCAAAUAGGAAAGAUACAUCCAAGUUUUAGUUACAGCAAUGAAUUUAGACUGGCAAAUAUUUAUCAUCAUGGAGCUGGUAAGCACUCUAACGUUCAUAUGGUGCUAGAUAUUAACGAUGACAUCCGGAAACUAGCAUCGGAUCACUAUCAAUUAAAUGCUGCAUCUGCAGAGGAGCCAGAGAAUGACCUAUGGUCCUCUUAUGCCGACUUUCAGGACACUAAUCCGUUUAAUUACAGUUUUAAACUUAAAACUACGACUGCGCCAGUAACGCGAACAAGUAAUAGGGAUCCGAACUUUAUAUCGUCCUUUUUGGACUACUCGCUGACGAACCCAGAGAUGGCUGCAAAAGUUGAGUUUGAAUGGGAAGAUGAGGAUGUUUUGGCACCAGAUGUAACCGACAGGACUACAGUGAUGUCUUUGGCCUUAAUGUCCUCAAACGCAUACGUAAAACUACCGCAAACUGGAAACUGGAGGAACCUCACUGGUUGGAAUAUUACGGAUGAAAAGGGAGCUCCUGAAUAUGGUUGGGAAGAAGAUGGAAUUAGAGGUCACGUUUUUGUAAAUCAGAACGAAUCCGUUGUUGUGUUUGCAAUCAAAGGUACCAGUAGUCAGAUUCUACCUGGUUCUGGUAACGACGAAACUAGUGUGAAUGAUAAACUAAACGACAAUCUUUUGUUUUCAUGCUGUUGUGCCCGUGUGACGUAUCUAUGGACUACGGUUUGCGAUUGUUACAUGAAGGCGUACACUUGUAACGAAAAGUGCCUCGAAAACGAACUCCGCAGACGAGAUUAUUACUAUUAUGCCGUUAUGGAAAUGUAUAAAGACAUUGUUAUGUCAUACCCGAAUGCCACUAUAUGGUUAACGGGCCAUUCUCUCGGUGGCGCUCUAGGAAGUUUGCUCGGUAGAACUUUCGGCCUCCCCGCUGUAACAUUUCAAUCACCAGGCGAGCAGCUGGCAACUAAAAGGCUUCAUUUACCUCAAAGACCAGGAAUUCCUUCCUACAAGGAAGCAAUCUGGCAUUUUGGCCAUACCGCUGACCCUAUAUUUAUGGGCACUUGUAACGGCGCAAGUUCUGCCUGCUCAAUUGGAGGCUAUGCAAUGGAAACAGGAUGUCAUACAGGCAAGGUAUGCGUCUAUGACGUUGUGGCGGAUAAAGGAUGGCAUGUCAGCAUAAUGAAUCAUCGCAUUCACACUGUCAUCGAUAACGUCAUACUUGAGUACGACACUGUACCUUCUUGUGUCGACCCUGGGAAGUGCGAAGAUUGUUAUAACUGGGAUUUUGUGAGGGACGAAGAAACUGCAAGCCCGAAGCUUUCUCCGUCACCUGAAGUGACUACUACAGGAUAUACGGGAGCUUCUCCAACUAAACGAUGUGUCGGAAGGAAUUGGAUAGGUAUUUGCACCUCAUAUGAGCCUGUGCUUAGUAAAAUAUGA